AUGAAAAAAUAAAUUUAAGAAAUUAAGUCCAUUUCUCUGAGAUGUGAGAAAUGUAAUAGGAAGUAUGAUCUCAUUUCUGAAUGUGACUAUGUUUCUUCUUAAACCAUAAAUAAAAUAUGCUGCCGUUCCUGUGUGAAGAUCCUAUAAAAAUAGCAUAAAUUGAAUGUAGAAUAGACCAGCGAUAUAUUGUCAGAGUGCCAAUAAAUAAAAGCAUUUCUAACAUAAAAUAAGAUAAUUGAAUUGUCUUCAAAUUCAAUUUUUUUCAAUACUCUUGACAUUACAGAUCCACAGAAAGAAUUGCUCAAAAUUUCAACAGAAUUUCAAAACAAUAUCAACAUUAAUGAAGCAAUUUUUAAAAUGUAUUGUAAAAACAGAGUGCUCUAUAAACAGCUAUUUGAAAAUCAUUCUCUUAAACAAUAAAUUGAAAAUGCUUCUGAUAAUCUAAAAAGCAUUAUUAAAUAAUAUUUUUAUGAUGAAGAAGGCACUCCUGUUUUUUCAAUGGAAAUUUCAAAAAGAAAAUAAAUUGUUGCCUACUCGAAUAUUUUGUCACAUUAUUUACUUAUUUUGAAAUACUAUACAAUAACUGAAUUCUUAGUUAAUUAGAACAAAAAAAUAGAUGAAAAAUAUAUUAUGUAAGAAGAAUAUAAUCCAACAAUUUAUAUAUCAAUUUACGACUUAAAUAACAAAGAAAAUAUUUAUGAGGAUGUUUUAAUUUAAGGCUAAAAUUUAUUUCAUUUACCUUACAGUUACAUUAACUCCUUCAUACUAGAAAAAAAUCAAAUCAUUUAUGUAGUUGUGAAUUAUGACAUCUAUUAGAUUAAAUUAAAUUCUAAAUAGCAUCUUAAAUAGACUAAUUACAAAAGACUUUAAGUAUUAGGUCAGAAACUCAUUUCUGAUGGAGAAAAGGCUUUAUAAAUUUUGGACCCAACUACUUAUGAAAUUAUUUAACGUAAGGAAAUUUAUGAAAUCGAUUGGAGAAGCAAUAGAUCGAUAAUCGAUUAUGAUAAAAAGAUAAAUUCAUUCAUUAAACAUGAUUCUCCUUUAGGAAAUUACAAUAAAAAUUUUGAAAUUAUAUAAUUAGAUAAUUUAAAAUGUAUCAAAAAAAUAAUAAUUGCAAAUUAAGAUAGAUAUGACUAAGACAAGUUUUAUAAACAUGAUCAAUUCAAAUACAUAUGCACAACGAAAAUAUUGGUGUUUGUUCGUGAAUCAUAAUUAAGAACAAGUUAGUUAAUCCUCCUUAAUAUUUAGACUAAUAAAAUACUUAGAAAAGUUCCAUUAUCUUUUAAUUAAGGCGUCAAUGAUUGUUAUCUAUUGAAAAAGUAAACUGUAAUAUGUUUAAAUUAUCACAAUGAUGAAUUAGUUUUGUAUCAAAUCUCUACUGGAAGAAAACUUAUUUAAUUUGAGAAAUUUUAAAUAUAUCAAAUAAUAUAAGAUUAAUAAUUAGCUAUAGCAAUAAAUGAAGAAGAUUUAAGGGUACUUGAAUUAGCCCACUGA